CUAGGUUUUAAUCAAUUAUCACGUUUGUUAUUAAUAAGUUCUUAUAUAGAUAUUUGUUAAAUCGUUGAUAAAUUUUUCCCGUAGAUACCUCCUGAUUCAUUGACAAAUUUUUGUCAUAGAUAUCUACUAAGUUAUUUAUGAACUUUAAUUGUCGAUACUAAUUAAAUUAUUAGCGAAUUUUAAUCGUAGAUAUAAAUGAACGAUCAUUGACGAAUUUUUAAAUACCUAGUAAAUCGUUGACUUUUUCAAUAGAUACUUAUUCAGCCAUUGACGAACUUUUACAUAUCUAUUAACUCAGACGAAUAUUAUAUAAUUUUAUAUAAUAACAUAAGUAAAUUAUUGAUAAAUUCUAGUUUAGAUAUAUCAACGAAUUUAAACAUAAUUUAUUAUAUGGCAACAGAUAAGAUUCAUUGUUAAUAAACAUAUUGAUAAAUUAUUCAAAAAAAUGUAGGACAAUGGCAAUGUAUAGUUUCGAAAUUAAAUAAUAUUUAUAAAGAUAAAUUGAUGUAAAUAAAACUAUUAAUAACGUUGGAAGUAUUGUAGAAAAUGUGACACAAAAGAAAACGAUUUUGUAACGCUGUCAUUUUUAAAAAGGUUUCUAUUCGAAUGGGCACGAUCCUGAAGAAUGGAGGUCGAGAGUUGAAGGUCGAAAAAAGCGUAGGGGUGAGCUUAGUUACGACGUUCCUUCACAAUGUAAUCCAUAGCGAAGGCCGUGGCAUGUGCUGGCGGCGGGGGCGACGACGCAACUACUACAAAUAGGCUGCAGCUUCGUCGAAAGCACCUAUCCACGCAAGCGAACCAGUCGCGUGCUUCUUCCUUACCAGGGGUGUGUCGAAUGGCCGCGUGGAUAUGGCAGGAGAAUAUUUUGAGACGACGUAUGUACCGGAAAUCAAGGAUGCCGAGAGCAAAGAACGAGAAAGACAACUCGUUCAAGAGGGCACGGCUAUGUGGAAGCACCGGAAGGAGGAGUUUCUACGUCAAAAACAUCGAGAACAACGAGAAUUGCGAGAGAUUCUGGAGAACUACUCGCCUUGGGGUAAACCAGGCGGUGGUGCUCCGUGCCCAGCAACCUUAAGAAAGAAAAACGUUCUUCUGGAGCCAUUGGAACCCGUCAAGAGUCAUAUGGCUGGUCAGUCUGUGCAGUCCUGGCCCUGGGGUCGUCCUGGUCCUGGAGGACUUCCUUGGAGGGAUCCGAAGUUACUGGGUGUGCACUUUCUGGAAUCUAUGGGGUGGACCAGUGAUUCGACGAUCCGGAAGCUAUCUCGUAAAAGAGACAUCGAUCCUCUGACUGUUCCAGACAUGAAUAAAUUCUUCGAUGCGAAUGUGGAAUCGGAUAUUGCAUCGAAUUUACAAUCGUCAAGGGAUACGAGAAGUCUCUACAACGAGGAGGUCCAGGUGUACAAGCUCACUGGUGGUGUAGAAUUAGUGCCGUUAUUAACCAGCAGACGUUAUCAUUCACAACCGCAGAGUAUUCGCUAUCAUGUGACUGACAUUACUCGGCCAGGGUAUACGAUAGAAUCCCUGCGUUCACUCGAAAUCUCUAACAGAAAAUACAUCGCAGAGCUUGCUGAACAGAUACGAUGGAAACAGGAUAGAGCAUGCGAGGAACGUCGCGCGGAACAAGAAAGCUGCAGACGACAUUUCGAUACUUGGCGAAAGCUCUGGGGUAGACCGGGUCAUGGUGCACCCAUAGAUCAUGUUCACAGAAACAAUCUUUAUAAUAUUCUCUACCGUCCGGUUAUUUAUUGAAUUUCUACGCAACGUGUCUCGUGACUUGGAAACUUACGAACGAAAUUGGAUACCAAUGGUAUUAGAAAGCUUUCAUUGUUAUCUUCGUUAGCAUUUCAAUCCACUUUUGUAGAUAUCAUCGAAUUAGAUUAGAGAGACCAGAAAUGACGAAGGAAAAGAAAGGUUCGGAGAAUGAUUGCAUAUCUUGUCAAAGAACUGUCACGAACCGAUAAAGAGAAAGAAGAUCAGACGAAGAUUAUUUUUAUAAUCUUAUUAUUAGAUUAGAUGAAGAUUGAAGAUUAGAUUCUACUCGUAUCAUUACGAUGAAUUUCAGAGAAAUAAGAAAUCUGAAAAAGAUACUUUGUUGUCGUUUAUAUCAUGGUGAAUUGCUUGGAGAUGAAAAAGCGACGAGUUUGUCAGCAGCCUAUUAAAUUUUAUGAAAGUCUGUCGCUAGGAGCUUCGAAGAGACGUUUGAUAAACCUGCACCGUGGGACGUAGACCGCGAUUGACCAGACCUCAAAGGAGCAAUCUCGAGAGGGGAUGCAGCUCGAUCGACGGGUAUUAAAUUUCAUGAACGCCAAGGAACGAUCAUUUGAAUAUAUGUAUGGUCGGGGUUAGAAAGUGCCCUUAGUCGUUGUUGUCAAAAGAAACUGCAUCCAUGUCCGAAGGUAAAAUUUUAAGCUCUCUAAGAAUUCCUCUUAUCGCGUAAAAAAAUAUAUCCGAUCAUAAAAUUAAAUUUUCAUUUUAAAUAGUGAUCGUUGUUACGUGUGCGAGAAAAGAACAUCUCGUAACAUUGGAAAUUUGACAUAAAGGGAGUAAUCUGAUUGACAUAAAGGAUUUAAAUUAAAAGAUUUGACAUAAAGGAUCUAAUCAUAUUGACAAAGUUUAAAUAAUAUCCAAGUACAAUAAAUAUCCCUAGAAAUUGAAAUUUUUUUGAUAAUUAAUUGUUUCACGGUGCUCGUUUGUACUCGAUUCACUCGAUAUAUGUUAAUUAGACCGAGAACGACAGGGAGUUGUCUUGCUAAUGGACUCCUAAUUUAAUUGGGCUCACUUCAAGGGAUAUGGUUCUCGGUUUGUAUCUUCAAAGGGUCAAGUGUCUCUCCCUCUAUUUUUUCUUCCCUCUCCCCAGUAAAGAGAAACAACGAAGCCUUCUCUCUUUCCUGUUUUGCUAGAAAAGCGACUCGCAUUCUCUGUAGGUAACCUCGCACAUUCUCUGUAGUCUCACAUUUCCCCCGCCUUUAUUCCCCUACAGACCUACUCUCACUCUCUUCUCCCCCUCUUUUCCCUUUCCUCAUUCAGCGGUAGCGCGUUGUGCAGUUAUACGAGCAACCACUGUGCUUUCCCUAUUGUCUGACUAUUGUGUACCCGUUACCACUGUGCGUCGGACCGUUUGUAUAAAGGGUGAUUCAUUUUCAGCGAAAUAUCAGUUCCUGCGCCUCAUGAAUUUCAACUCUCGCAAGCGCGUAAAACCACGCGUCCUGUAUAUUUAUCUCUCUUGCUACGCGUAUAUCCCUCUUAUUCUCUCUCUUCCGUAUCCAUUUCCCGUUACGUCUUCCGUUCUCUCUCCCUAUCACGUUACUCCUCUAUCUUCCUUUACUAUCUAUGCGUUUUCUAGCGAGAUGACGUUAGCCCGAUUACUGCCCAGCGCGUGGUUUUGCGCAAGCGAGGAUCACCGGACCUCGUUACACACUUUUUCCUUCCUUUUUCCGUCCUAAAUAAUUCUCUUAUCGCGAUUAUAUUGUGAACGGAUGAACCGUGUAAAGUCGCAUUUAAAUUUCUCGGUUCUCGUUGUGAAGCAUAGAUAGCGAGUGAUACUGGUAUUUAAUAGAUUAGAUGCGUAUUAGAUUCUUUAUUAUAACAGAUAAGCAGGAUCAUGCGAUAGAUGAAUAUUUCUGUGCCGACUUUACCUGGCGAAAAGUCGUAUACAGCGAAUAAAUACAUAUUUUACGAAUCAUUGACGAAUAUUUUUCAAGAUUUUAUUUAUUAGAAAUAUACGUGUAAUCUUUACAAUAAUACGAUUACGAUGAACCAUCCUCGUUCGCAGUGAUUCAAUCGAACGUCAAGUUUUAAACGAGAGAGUCGAUUUAAAGUGUAGAUUUGAAAGGGAAAAUGUGAUGGAAAAGAAAAAUUUGCGAACCUCGAGAGUUGCAAACCGAUAUCAGAAAUCCACUAGAACACUCGCACCCACCGAAGGAAUAAUAUUUGUUCGCGGUUCCAUCGUGAUGUACGUGACGUGAUAGUAGAUGGUCUAUAUGGAUAUAUCUUCGUUUGCGUAUGUGUGCAUGCAUAUGACGUGGAACUCGUAUUCGUUCUUUCUCACGGAGUUUCCGUUCGGCUCGACAACGAAGGACGACGUAUGGCAAAUUUGAAUUUCGAUAUGGUGCGAUGACUUUGCUUUCUCCAGGAUUUUUUUUAUUCAGAUCUUUAUCAAACCUUCGCGAUAGGAACAGGAUCGGAAAGUUAUUUUGUCGAUUCGUUUAUUCUCCCAUAUGUAUGUAAUAUUUCAAUAAUUAAAAUAAAAAUACCUAAUACGUAAAACUCUUAGAAACAUUUCUAGCCAAAUAAGAAAUAGUAAGUAUCAACGUUACUGUCAUUAUCGAUUUCAACGAGAACAUUUUUUAAUGUCUUAUUUAAUGUAGUUGCUUUUGCAAACAAAAGAAUCAAAGCCAUUUCUCAUCGAUAAGGGAGAGAGGCUCUGUGAACGUCUACCGUUCAUGCGUGGCUGAGAUGUAUUCAUUCUAUAUAGCAAAAAACGUGAUCGUUUCGCGUCUCAAUAGUAGCAAUGUGUACCGAGUCGAAGAGGAACACAGAGAAGAGAAAGAGAGAUGAAUAUAGAGAAGCGAAAAAUACGAAAUCUUGUUAUCGCGGUGACUCGAACGACGAGCUAUUCAUCAAGCGUAUCAUUUCCACAUAGCUCGGCCGUGGUGCAGUGAUGAAUGCGCGCUCGUAAUUAGAAUUUUUUUCGGUAUAUACAGGGUGUAUGUAAAUUAUAAGUACAAGCCUUAUGGGCAGAUGGAAAUCAUCGAAAAAGGAACAAAAUAGGUUUAAUAUAAAUAUGUUUUCAAAUAAAUCGUUUCAAAGAUAUGCAAUUAUUUUAUACGAUUACAUGUGCUAUGAAUAACAUAAAAACAAAUUUGUUCGAAGGUAUCAUUGCUAAAUAUUUCCUUAUAGUUUUUUUUUUAUAAAAUUAAAGUACGAAUACUUUUCUGAUAUGUCUAUAUUUUUAAUAAAUUAUAUCCACUUGCAAUGUUUGUAUUUAUAAUUCAUGUACACCUUGUAUAUACGUAUAAGUGUAUUGAGGCGCUAUAUCCUGUGAAAAAAGCGAGUUAUGAGUAUGUGAGAGAAAAAGAGAGAGAGAGCGAGCGAGCG